AUGCCCGGGAGGACCCAGGAGCUGUGCCUGCUGCUCCUGCUGGGGCUGGGGCUGGGGCUGGGGCAGCAGGAGGCCCCGCCCCCACCCUGCCAGAGUGAGAUUUACUGUCACGGAGAGCUCCUGCACCAAGUCCAGAUGGCCAAGCUCUACCAGGACAACAAGCAUUUUGUGGACAUGCCCCUGUCCACAGCUCCAGAACAAGUCCUGGGCAACUUCAGUGAGCUGGCCAAGGCCCACAACCAAAGCAUCCCACGGCAGCAGUUGCUGUUCAUCCAGGAGCACUUCCAGGCCCCAGGGCAGGAGCUGCAGUCCUGGACCCCUGGAGACUGGAAGGACAGCCCCCAGUUCCUGCAGAAGAUCUCAGAUGCCAAGCUGCGUGCCUGGGCAGGACAACUGCACCAGCUCUGGAAGAAGCUGGGAAAGAAGAUGAAGCCAGAGAUUCUCAGUCACCCCAAGCAGUUCUCACUGAUCUACUCUGAACACCCUUUCAUAGUGCCUGGCGGGCACUUUCUCGAGUUCUACUACUGGGACUCCUACUGGGUCAUGGAGGGCCUGCUCCUCUCUGAGAUGCCCGGAACGGUGAAGGGCAUGCUGCAGAACUUCCUGGACCUGGUGAAAAUCUAUGGCCACAUCCCCAAUGGCGCUCGCGUGUACUACCUGCAGCGGAACCAGCCGCUUCUGCGCUACAUAGCUCACAUCAACGACACGGCCUUCCUGCGGGAGCACAUUGGGACCCUCGCCUUGGGACUGGACUUCUGGGCUGAGAGAAGGAACAUCUCCAUCAGCUCCGGGGGAAGAAGCUAUGCCCUGAAUCGCUAUUGUGUCCCUUACGGGGGACCCAGGCCCAAGGCCUACAGCAAAGAUGCAGAGCUGGCAGACACCUUGCCUGGAGGUGACCGGGAGGCCCUGUGGGCCGAGCUCAAGGCCGGGGCCGAGUCCAGCUGGGACUUCUCUUCACGCUGGUUCAUCGGAGGCACAAACCCCAACUUGCUCAGCAGCACCCGAACCAGCAAACUGGUGCCGGUUGACCUCAACACCUUCCUGUGCCAGGAGGAGGAGCUGAUGGGCAACGCCUACUCCAGACUAGGGAAUGACUCCGAAGCCACCAAGUACAGAAACUUGCAGACCCAGCGCUUGGCUGCCCUGAACGCCAUCCUGUGGGAUGAGGAGAGAGGUGCCUGGUUCAACUAUGACUUGGUGAAUGGGAAGAAGAACCAGGAAUUCUACCCAUCCAAACUUGCUCCGCUCUGGGCUGGCUGCUUCUCCGACCCUGCCGUCACGGACAAGGCUCUGAAGUACCUGGAGGAUAACCAGAUCCCGACCUUCCAGCACGGGAUCCCGACCUCUCUCUGGAGGACGGGGCAGCAAUGGGACUUCCCCAAUGCCUGGGCCCCCCUGCAGGACCUGGUCAUCAGAGGUCUGGCCAAGUCACCUUCACCCCGCACCCAGGAAGUGGCGUCCCAGCUGGCCCAGAAUUGGAUCCGUGCCAAUACUGACGUCCACUCCAAGAAGUUGGCCAUGUACGAGAAGUAUGACAUCAGCAACGGUGGACAGCCAGGUGGAGGAGGGGAAUAUGAAGUCCUGCCCACAGGCCGUGCCUCUCUGCAGGAGGGGUUUGGCUGGACCAGUGGAGUGGUCCUGAUGCUCCUGGAUCACUAUGGCGACCGGCUGAGCUCCUCCGGGGCCGGGCCAGUCCUCCUGGAGCCCCACUGCCUCGUGGCUGCCCUCCUGCCCAGCCUCCUGCUCAGCCUCUGGCCACGGUGACGGGCCCGCUGCCCCUUGGCCUUCACUUCCACAUCUGGCUCCAGUUCCCGGCUCAGUAAACCUCUGAACGAGUCCCUGCCCUCUCCUGCCUCUUCCUCCUCCAUCCCUGGAGACCCCAUUCCCUCCCCUUCCAGGCCAGUCCUGUGUUCGUACUGGAGGGGGGCAGGGCAGCUGACCUCAAGGUCUUGGGUGGGGGUCUGGGUCCCUCCUGGAGCCUUUAAGAGGUGGGAAUCCUGCUUUGGGGCCACACCUAGCACCCCCACUCCAAGGCCCAGCUUAUACCCCACAUAUCCUGGGCCCCCAAACACUUCA